UGAUGAACAAGGGACACUUUAAGCUAAGGCAGACGUUUGACAGAUUUCUCAACAUUUUUCUUUAAAAUAAAAUACUCCUCAGCUGUCUUCAGCUAUAUUUUGGCUACUGAAUGUUUGCCCCGUUAUCGAUAUAUUGGCCGCCGUCAUCACUGACAAACCAGCUGAGGCGACGGACUCGACUCCCGGAGAUUUAUACGGACUUGGAAGGGAUUUGGCGCCAUGCAGAAGAAGCCCAUCAACGCCAACUCGCUGCUGGACAAGCUGCACCGCGGCGCAGUGUAUGCCUGCAUCGGAGUCACCCUCUACGGCACCUACAUCCUGGGGAUGCGCUACUACCACUACUACACUGUCAUCCGACCGGAGAAGCAGCAGGCGGAGCUAAAGCUCCUUGACGAGGGUGCCCACGACAAGGCCAAGGAGCUGAAGUACUAGGCUCGCUCGUCUCCGCCCCUUUAAUUGUUAAAUGUCUGUUAAGCGCAAUAAACUGUAAGGAAAUGUAAGCAUUUUCAGCUGAAAACGGC